CAUGUACUGGAGCCGAUCGAAACAGGACAGGUAAACGAUAGCGGUGAAUGAGAAAUACAGAAAAAAUAAUCAAGUUGAACCUCCCUCUGCGAGCUAUUUUGUGACUGCAAGCUGAUUCAUACACAAGCCCGGGCUUGUUUACAAACAGGUGGCCAGGAGUGAGGCAGCGGCCAGCUGACGAGGCUGGCGGGGCCGUGGAGGCCGUGCUCCCAGGCCUAACUAGCCCCCCAAAAAACACUGAAGAAGAAGAAGGCGCACCUUGCCUGUGUGAGCAAACCACAAGCUACUACCGACUAGACUUUCCCCCGUAGAUGUGAUGUGAUUGUCAUGCUCCACAAUAACUGAAAAGGUUUUUGUUUUUUCAGAAUGGGUACAAGUGAUUGCUGGAACUACUUGACAUCCCUUGGUGUGCAGCACCACUCCUGGCAUGACCCUGUAUUGGCAAAAGGUCUUGUUGCUUGUGCCCCCCUCGCCAAAAUCCCAUGUAUUGAUAUUGAUGAAGAGGAUUUCUUCCAUCCUAGUAUUGAGCCAAUAGUGUGUAGCGUUGGUGGAUGCAAGAAGACUUUCACAACUGUGGCAGAGCAUGCAGCUCACCAACGGUCCUGCCAUCAGCAUGUGUGUUCCACUUGUAAACACUCCUUUCCUACACACCACUUAUUGGAUCUUCACCUGCUGGAAGUGCAUGAUACUUUGUUUCAACUGAUGGCAGAAAAGAAAAUGAUGUACCAGUGUCUUCUGGAAACCUGCUCUGAAAAAUUCAAAAAUCCCACUGAAAGGCAUAUCCAUUGCAUAGAAUUACACCGAUUCCCAUCCAAUUUUCGAUAUGAUAUGUCUUGGAGAAAACAAAGGAAAAAAAACUGCAAAAAUGCCAGAAACCUUUCAGCAGAAGUAUCUUCAAUGGAAUGUGAAGUUUCACUCAUUAAAGAUGAAAAUGCUAUGCUGUUUAGUUCAGAAACUAAUGAAAUGGCAGGAAUAAAAAGUAAAAAUGAAAAUGUAAGAAAAUCACCAAAAGUGCCGUGCAACUUAUCAUUUGGCACUGGAGUGUCUCGAGGUUUCAGCCGAGGAGGCAGAGGUAGCAGGGGCCAAGGCAAGAAGAGUGGUAUACAUUGGCACCAGAGGAAGUAUGUCCCACAUAGUUCAAGAACAAAACUAGAAGAAGUAAAUAUGAAAGAUUUGGAAGCAGCAUUACCCAGUGAGCCAGAAUGUUCAUGAUAUAUGUAUUUCACAAAUUGAUGAGAAUUAUUAUGCUUGUAAGUUUUCAUAAGUUGUGAUAUAGUAAAUAUUUGAUUGAUAAAAUAUAAAACGUUAUGGAUAGGGUACCCAAAAUCACUGGGCUUAAAUUUCACUCUCAUCCCUCUAGAUCAGGCAUUUGUAAUGCAGUAUAUAUUUAACCUUUUAAAAAAUGUAAAGUAAAUUAGCAGCACUUCUGCAAUACACCAUGGGUCUCUUUACAAGCAAAUGUAAUCAUCAUGAUUAUAAAUUGUCACUUGGACACAAAUGAUACUUCAUAGCUGGAAUGUAGAAUUCCAGUAAUUCAUUAGAGUUUACAUUACAUCUUGAAAAUCUUAUUGUUAUUUUCCUGAUAAUUUAUCAUACUACUGUUGUACUAUGUUUGACAUGAAUGCUUGUGAUUGCUGUCAAACUAUGUGAAUGCUUACUUUGUUUAUGUAAGCUUAGUGAAAGGAAUGGAUGAGAUGCUAGGCUUUUUUAUACAUCAGUAUAAAAAUAGCAUCCUAGUGCUGUAUAUGUAAUAACUCCAGAUAUUGAAAUUGCAUUCUAAUGGUAAUGAUGAAAGAGUCCUGAAGUGGCAUAAGACAAAUUGGUGUGGCAGUAUUCAACAAAUUUUAUGGAAAAUUUGUGCCUUUACUACCCAAGUGCAUUUUAAUUCCAGGACAUUUUAUCUACUCACUGGUACAUUGAUUUAAGAUCACUUUCACCAGUUUGAGUGUUUAGAAAUGUAACAGCAUUAAUCUCAACAGCAAUAAAAUAAUAAAAUUGCUUAUAAGCUC